AAUCUAGUUUAGUAAGUAAUAGAAAGUGAAGCGGUUCGUUUUUUGGUUAAUAAAAAAUGAACGAACCUUUGGUCGUUAAACCCAAAAGAUAUCCCACAAAUCUUCUGCCCCAAGAGCAUUGGGAUAAACGAGUCUGCUAUAUUCGCAGCAAUUGCCAACAAUUUCUCAAUAAAGUCCAUGACGCUGAAGUGUACGACGACGAUGUGUGGAUUGUGACACUGCCGAAAUGUGGUACGACCUGGAUGCAAGAACUCCUGUGGCUUGUUAUGAACGACUAUGAUUUCGAAACGGCUAAAAAUACCAAUUUGGAACAACGUUCUCCAUUCAUGGAAUUCGAUUAUAUGAUUCAUAGCGAUUUGGAUCGGUCGUUGAAACCAAUUGAAGAUUUGAAACGACCGCGUUUGGUAAAAAGUCAUCUGGCCCUACCGCUCUUGCCAUCGCAAAUUUGGGACAAGAAACCAAAGGUCGUCUAUGUCGUACGCAGUCCCAAGGAUGCCUUUGUCUCCGAGUAUCACUUCUUCCAUCACAUGGGUUUGGUGCCACCCCAGUGUUCUCUGGAAGAUUACAUUAAAGGACGAAUGUACGACAAGGAUUGCAACGAACAAUUCGAUAAUAUGUACGAAUUUUAUCAAUUACGUUCCGAACCUUGGCUAUUCUAUACGAGUUUUGAACAAAUGAAAUUGAAUUUGCGUCAAGUCAUACUGGAUGUUUGUAAAUUUCUGGGAAAAUCAAUCGAUGACACCAUUUUGGAACGGAUGUUGAAACAUUUGUCAUUCAAGGAAAUGAAAAAGAAUCCACGAACCAAUCAUUUGUGGGAGAUCGAAGAAGUUCGUAAAAUGACCAAAAGAGAGGGUGGUGAUUUUAAUUUCUGUCGCAAAGGAGAAACGAAUUCUUACAAAAAGGAACUGUCACCGGAAAUGGUACAAAAAUUGGACGAUUUUGUAAAGGAAAAAGUUUCCAACUAUGGCAUAACAUUGGAUGAUCUGUUGUUGUUGAAUUGAUUUGUUAACUUUUUAUUGUAAAUAAAAAAGUUGUUGUUUAUAUUUA